GCUUCUUGGAGCGCCGAAGAUCGCGCGAUGGCCUGGUUCUCAGGGGUCAUCCAGGACGUACGGCAGCGGGGCUCCGGACUGCGCGAGAGAGUCCGGGAGCACACCAAAGCGCUGCGCGUGAGCAACGGCGUUGGUGUGGGAUCCGAGAAGAGCGCGAAUGGCUUCUUGCCAGCCGAGGAGGCGGAGCGGCGCAUCGAGCACGAAGCCGCGCGCCUGCGGGAGUGCGCGGCCGCCAGCGAAGUGCUGGAGCGGUGGCUGGUGUUGCUCCGCACAGCGCCCCGGCGCUACACGGACGCCGGCCAGGCCUUGUCCUUCAAGCAGGUCUUCCUCCGCAGCCACGGCCUGGAGUUCGCCUUGGACGCCUCCGCGCGGUCCCCGGAGCUCCGCAGGGCGCUGCGGAGCUACGCGUUGGCGGCGCCCGCCAGGUGGCCUGAGAGUUGCCCUCCGCCCAUGGCCUUUGCCCGCGCGUUCGUGGCGCUGCUGUGGGCGACUGUGGGGCCCACGGAGCUCUGGCUGCAGCCGUUGGCCACUCUGCUCAGCUGGGAGCAGGUGCCUAAGGGCGCGCAGGGCACCGUUGGCCUCGCGGCCGCGGGCUGCCAUACCUGGCUGGUGCAGCUCCUCGUCGCUCGGCGCCUCUGCUGGCAGGCCUCAGACGUGGCGGACCGUGAGACCGACCUCCUGGCGAUGGAAGAAAGCACGCUGAAGGCCAUGGAGAUCGAUGAAGGAGAUCCCGGCGACUUGCCCUCGGAGUUGCGAGCUCUGUCCAAGCUCAGCUCCGCCUCCGCAACUGCGGAGACCUUGCUGGAGAGGAGAUGCGUUUUAGCGGAAGAUCUGAAGAAGGCCAUGGUCGCCGAGCAGGAGAGGGCGACGCAGUACCGCGGCACCAUCUCCUCCGUGGUCUCCGCCGCAAAGAGCUUGGCCAACUCCGUCACCUCAGGCAGUGCCAACGCCGAUGGCCUCAGCGAGCGCCGGGCGCAGCUCAGCAGUCGGGCGGAAGGUCUGAAGGAGCUGCUGACGCAGCUGCCGGACGAGGCGCAGCUGUCGCAGGAGAUCGCUGCGGCGGAGGAGGUGCAGCGCGAGCUGCUGAAGCAGCUGGAGCAGAACAAGGAGCACUUGGACGGCUUGCGGAGGGCGCGCGAAGAGCGCCGCAAAGAGGAGGAGCGGCUCACUGCAGCGCUGAACUGCACGGAGCAGAAGAUGGUCUCGCAGCUGGCGGAAGAGGACACGGCGAGGCAGCAGUCUGAGGCCACGCAGCGUUUGGCCUUUGCGGUGGCGGACGUGGCCAAGCAGUUGCAGGAACCGGAGAGCGACCGCACGGCUGAGGCGAAACUGUCGAGCGUGGAGGUGCGGAACCGCGCGGCGGAACAGAGUUUAGCGCUGAAGCUGGCCACCCACGAGGUCAAGCGCCUGCGCAAAGCUGAGGAGGUGGGCAAGAAAGCCUCCAACUUGGCUCAGGAGAAGCUUGCGCACGCAGAGGUGGAUCAGGCUGAGGCCCGACAGCUUUGGCAGGUGCUGCGGCGGAGUUGUCAGGAGUUGAGGGCGUGCCGCAGUGAGAAGCUGCUGUCGGCGCUGGAGGAGCAAGGCGAAGAGGGGGAAGCAGGUCAGCUUGCUAGCGAGAUCAGGAGCCAUCUGCAGGGCUGCCAGCAGCUGUUGGCAUCUCUGGAGGCUGCAAUGCAGGCCCUGGACAACUUGGAUGUUGAGAAGGAGAACUGGGAGGUAGUGGAGGAGCCGCCGGCGGAGGCUUUCCUGUUCGCAGCAGAUGAACGAGACGCUCCUAGCUGGGAUGCCGGUGUCAAGAGCCUCUUCCAGGGCCUUUUCCCACGCGGAGGCACGCCCUCCGGUGCGGAGACCAGUGCAGAUGACCCCUUCCUGCUAGAGGGCAUCGAGGCCCGCGGGCGGCCCCGCGCGCGGGAGGUGGUGGUGGAGACAACUGUUGGACAGAGAGGUUAUGGAUCCACGACAGCCUCCUUCGAAGACCUCGAACGCCUCAAGGCUGGUGAAAGAAUCCCGGGCGGCGCCGGAACGGGACUCGGCGGGGUGAAUUGUGUCGACGCUCACAGAGUUGAACCGAGCCAGGCGCAGACAGUAGCCGAGGAAGGUGCUGACAGAGUCGACUCUAAGCCGAGCCAACAGGUGCAGACAGCUGCCGAGCAAGGUGACAGAGUCGACUCAGAGCCGACCCAACAGGUGCAGACAGCAGCCGAGGAAGGUGCUGACAGAGUCGACUCUAAGCCGAGCCAACAGGUGCAGACAGCCGAGCAAGGUGACAGAGUCGACUCAGAGCCGACCCAACAGGUGCAGACAGCAGCCGAGGAAGGUGCUGACAGAGUCGACUCAGAGCCAAGCCAACAGGUGCAGACAGCAGCCGAGGAAGGUGCCGAUCCUCGUCACAAACCAGUGCCGAUUUGUGGUGAGGCAGAAGGGCCAGUUGGCCGAAAGUAGGGCAUGAGGAUCCCUUGGCAGAUUUGGGUCAAC